CGUUUAAUGUAAACCAUUGAAAUGUGUUGAGAUAUGUUACUAUGACAACCGCUUCUCGUGUUUUAAAAUAAACUAGCGCGGAAUGCUAACUACAACCAUUAGCGUCUAACGCUUAACUCAGGGAUAUUUAUAACAUACGCUUAACUCAGGGAUAUUUAUAACAUACGCUUAACUGAGGGAUAUUUAUUACAUUUAUAUUUUAAAAGCAUUUCUUUUCGCUGUAAUGUUGUAUUAUGUAACGUGUUACUGCGGUGAAGGCUUUCGGAUCAUGACAUGAUUAUGACGCAUUAAGCCUCGAGCACUUUUUGACUCCUUAUAAUGCUCUGCUUCACCUUAGUCGGCGUCGGUUUGUUUUAGGCGAGUGGUCCGUGUUUUGAGCUUGUGAGAGAUACAACUUUUCGACUUCUUUUGGUUUCUUGUGUGAUUCUUGGCGUGUUUUUGCUGUUUGCUGUUUUUGGCUGAAAGGAGUGAGACCGAAGAGUGGCCUAACGGUAAUUUUUCGUUGACUCCCCUGAUCGCGAGGCAUCAAAACAUCGCAAAAGAUCACCUUCAUCGACUGGAUUCAGACCUGAUAUCAGGAUGAGAUUACCAGUUGAUUACAACAACGGCUGUCGGCCUACAAUGUCAUGGGGUAACUUCGUUUGGGGUGAUGAAGAUGAGGACGAUGAUCAGGAUAUAACUUUACCAUCAUGGACGAGCGUGAAGGGCAAAGAUCCGUUGCCAUCAUCCUCAGUCCAGAAGAGAUUUAAGAGAGUGAAGAAUGUUUCGUCACACAAGCGGUUCAGUCAGAAGACCGUCUCAGAUGUGUGGCGGACAACAGCAACUUCUUCAUCUGACUCUUCUGCAAGAUCUGGACCGAGCUCACAAGACCAGAUGCUGGAGUUUCCUAGUUUAGAGGUUUACAGGAAGUCAUCUCCUGUUGCAUCUGAGCCAAAAGAGAACGAAAGGAAGAACACAAUUCCUUGUGCAGAAAAUGUGGAGCUGGUUGAACAGGAGGUGUCAAUAGAGCCCCCUGUCCCAGCGGCCAAGAAGAACAGGAAGUGUCGGAAAACGAGGGAUAAAAUGUAUUUGCUCGAGGCAAGUUUAGCUCAGGAGCAGCAGAUGAGGACCAAGCUGGAGACUGACUCCAACAAUAAAAAUAUGUGCAAGUUGGAGGACAGACAGCAGCUGACGACCGAGCCACCGGUCACACCCACACCAGCUCCUCAACCUGAACAUUCUGCUUCAGACGUCUCUGUUACAACUCCAGGAGCGUCUGAGGGAAACAUGAAAAAGAAGAACAGAAUCUCAGCUUUCGCUGAAAAUGUGGAGCUUGUUGAACAGGAGGUGACAAUAGAGCCCCCUGUCCCAGCGGACCCCACACCUCCAUCUGAGGAACCAACAAUAAAGGAUCCACAGAAUGUGGAAAACAACAUGGAGAACCCUGAGCAUCCUGAUGUGUCCAGUACACCUUCUGCAGUGUCUACGAAUAAGAAGAAAUGUUGGAGAGCGAGUGAUAAAAUGUAUUUGCUCGAGGCAAGUUUAGCUAAGGAGCAGCAGAUGAGGACCAAGCUGGAGACUGACUCCAACAAUAAAAAUAUGUGCAAGUUGGAGGACAGACUGCAGCUGACGCCCGAGCCACCGGUCACACUGACACCAGCUCCUCAACCUGAACAUUCUGCUUCAGACGUCUCAGUUACAACUCCUGGAGCGUCUGAGGGAAACAUGAAAAAGAAGAACAGAAUCUCAGCUUUUGCAGAAAAUGUGGAGCUUGUUGAACAGGAGGUGAUAAUAGAGCCCCCUGUCCCAGCGGACCCCGCACCUCCAUCUGAGGAACCAACAAUUAAGGAUCCACAGAAUGUGGAAAACAACAUGGAGAACCCUGAGCAUCCUGAUGUGUCCAGUACACCUUCUGCAGUGACUACGAAUAAGAAGAAAUGUUGGAGAGCGAGUGAUAAAAUGUAUUUGCUCGAGGCAAGUUUAGCUCAGGAGCAGCAGAUGAGGACCAAGCUGGAGACUGACUCCAACAAUAAAAAUAUGUGCAAGUUGGAGGACAGACAGCAGCUGACGCCCGAGCCACCGGUCACAGCCACACCAGCUCCUCAACCUGAACAUUCUGCUUCAGACGUCUCUGUUACAUCUCCUGGAGCGGCUGAGGGAAACAUGAAAAAGAAGAACAGAAUCUGGAACCAACAAUUAUGGAUGCAAAGAAUGUGGAAAACAACAUGGAGAACCCUGAGCAUCCUGAUGUGUCCAGUACACCUUCUGCAAUGUCUAAUAAGAAAGAUGAAAAUGAAGAUAAGAAUCUCAGCUUUUGCAGAAAAUGUGGAGCUUGUUGAACAGGAGGUGACAAUAGAGCCCCCUGUCCCAGCGGACCCCACACCUCCAUCUGAUGAACCAACAAUUAAGGAUCCACAGAAUGUGGAAAACAACAUGGAUAACCCUGAGCAUCCUGAUGUGUCCAGUACACCUUCUGCAGUGUCUAAGAAUAAGAAGAAAUGUUGGAGAGCGAGCGAUAAAAUGUAUUUGCUCCAGUCAAGUUUACCUCAAGAGCAGCAGAUGAGGACCAAGCUGGAGACUGACUCCAACAAUAAAAAUAUGUGCAAGUUGGAGGACAGACAGCAGCUGACGCCUGAGCCACCGGUCACACCCACACCAGCUCCUCAACCUGAACAUUCUGCUUCAGACGUCUCUGUUACAUCUCCUGGAGCGUCUGAGGGAAACAUGAAAAAGAAGAACAGAAUCUCAGCUUUCGCUGAAAAUGUGGAGCUUGUUGAACAGGAGGUGACAAUAGAGCCCCCUGUCCCAGCGGACCCCGCACCUCCAUCUGAUGAACCAACAAUUAAGGAUCCACAGAAUGUGGAAAACAACAUGGAGAACCCUGAGCAUCCUGAUGUGUCCAGUACACCUUCUGCAGUGUCUACGAAUAAGAAGAAAUGUUGGAGAGCGAGUGAUAAAAUGUAUUUGCUCCAGUCAAGUUUACCUCAAGAGCAGCAGAUGAGGACCAAGCUGGAGACUGACUCCAACAAUAAAAAUAUGUGCAAGUUGGAGGACAGACUGCAGCUGACGCCCGAGCCACCGGUCACACUGACACCAGCUCCUCAACCUGAACAUUCUGCUUCAGACGUCUCCAUUACAUCUCCUGGAGCGUCUGAGGGAAACAUGAAAAAGAAGAACAGAAUCUCAGCUUUCGCUGAAAAUGUGGAGCUUGUUGAACAGGAGGUGACAAUAGAGCCCCCUGUCCCAGCGGACCCCACACCUCCAUCUGAGGAACCAACAAUAAAGGAUCCACAGAAUGUGGAAAACAACAUGGAGAACCCUGAGCAUCCUGAUGUGUCCAGUACACCUUCUGCAGUGACUAUGAAUAAGAAGAAAUGUUGGAGAGCGAGUGAUAAAAUGUAUUUGCUCCAGGCAAGUUUACCUAAAGAGCAGCUGAUGAGGACCAAGCUGGAGACUGACUCCAACAAUAAAAAUAUGUGCAAGUUGGAGGACAGACAGCAGCUGACGCCCGAGCCACCGGUCACACCCACACCAGCUCCUCAACCUGAACAUUCUGCUUCAGACGUCUCUGUUACAACUCCUGGAGCGUCUGAGGGAAACAUGAAAAAGAAGAACAGAAUCUCAGCUUUUGCAGAAAAUGUGGAGCUUGUUGAACAGGAGGUGACAAUAGAGCCCCCUGUCCCAGCGGACCCCGCACCUCCAUCUGAGGAACCAACAAUUAAGGAUCCACAGAAUGUGGAAAACAACAUGGAGAACCCUGAGCAUCCUGAUGUGUCCAGUACACCUUCUGCAGUGUCUAAGAAUAAGAAGAAAUGUUGGAGAGCGAGCGAUAAAAUGUAUUUGCUCCAGUCAAGUUUACCUCAAGAGCAGCAGAUGAGGACCAAGGUGGAGACUGACUCCAACAAUAAAAAUAUGUGCAAGUUGGAGGACAGACAGCAGCUGACGCCUGAGCCACCGGUCACACCCACACCAGCUCCUCAACCUGAACAUUCUGCUUCAGACGUCUCUGUUACAUCUCCUGGAGCGUCUGAGGGAAACAUGAAAAAGAAGAACAGAAUCUCAGCUUUCGCUGAAAAUGUGGAGCUUGUUGAACAGGAGGUGACAAUAGAGCCCCCUGUCCCAGCGGACCCCGCACCUCCAUCUGAGGAACCAACAAUUAAGGAUCCACAGAAUGUGGAAAACAACAUGGAGAACCCUGAGCAUCCUGAUGUGUCCAGUACACCUUCUGCAGUGUCUACGAAUAAGAAGAAAUGUUGCAGAGCGAGGGAUAAAAUGUAUUUGCUCCAGUCAAGUUUAGCUCAAGAGCAGCUGAUGAGGACCAAGCUGGAGACUGACUCCAACAAUAAAAAUAUGUGCAAGUUGGAGGACAGACAGCAGCUGACGCCCGAGCCACCGGUCACACCCACACCAGCUCCUCAACCUGAACAUUCUGCUUCAGACGUCUCCAUUACAUCUCCUGGAGCGUCUGAGGGAAACAUGAAAAAGAAGAACAGAAUCUCAGCUUUUGCAGAAAAUGUGGAGCUUGUUGAACAGGAGGUGAUAAUAGAGCCCCCUGUCCCAGCGGACCCCGCACCUCCAUCUGAGGAACCAACAAUUAAGGAUCCACAGAAUGUGGAAAACAACAUGGAGAACCCUGAGCAUCCUGAUGUGUCCAGUACACCUUCUGCAGUGUCUACGAAUAAGAAGAAAUGUUGGAGAGCGAGUGAUAAAAUGUAUUUGCUCGAGGCAAGUUUAGCUCAGGAGCAGCAGAUGAGGACCAAGCUGGAGACUGACUCCAACAAUAAAAAUAUGUGCAAGUUGGCGGACAGACAGCAGCUGACGCCCGAGCCACCGGUCACACCCACACCAGCUCCUCAACCUGAACAUUCUGCUUCAGACGUCUCUGUUACAUCUCCUGGAGCGGCUGAGGGAAACAUGAAAAAGAAGAACAGAAUCUGGAACCAACAAUUAUGGAUGCAAAGAAUGUGGAAAACAACAUGGAGAACCCUGAGCAUCCUGAUGUGUCCAGUACACCUUCUGCAAUGUCUAAUAAGAAAGAUGAAAAUGAAGAUAAGAAUCUCAGCUUUUGCAGAAAAUGUGGAGCUUGUUGAACAGGAGGUGACAAUAGAGCCCCCUGUCCCAGCGGACCCCACACCUCCAUCUGAUGAACCAACAAUUAAGGAUCCACAGAAUGUGGAAAACAACAUGGAGAACCCUGAGCAUCCUGAUGUGUCCAGUACACCUUCUGCAGUGUCUAAGAAUAAGAAGAAAUGUUGGAGAGCGAGCGAUAAAAUGUAUUUGCUCCAGUCAAGUUUACCUCAAGAGCAGCAGAUGAGGACCAAGCUGGAGACUGACUCCAACAAUAAAAAUAUGUGCAAGUUGGAGGACAGACAGCAGCUGACGCCUGAGCCACCGGUCACACCCACACCAGCUCCUCAACCUGAACAUUCUGCUUCAGACGUCUCCGUUACAUCUCCUAGAGUGUCUGAGAGAAACAUGAAAAAGAAGAACAGAAUCUCAGCUUUCGCUGAAAAUGUGGAGCUUGUUGAACAGGAGGUGACAAUAGAGCCCCCUGUCCCAGCGGACCCCGCACCUCCAUCUGAUGAACCUAAAAUUGAGGAUCCUCAAAAGAAGCCUGAGGAUCCUGCUUUACCCGACUGGUCCAGUACACCCCCUGGAGCGUCUAAGAGCUCAAAGAAGAAGAAGCGGAGGAGAAAGAAUAAAAUUUGUUUUCCACCGAUGCAGGAGAUCAGCAGCACACUGGAGACUGACUCCAGUAAUAAAGAUCAGGUUAUGCUGCUGGUCACACCGACACCAGCUCCUGUAUCUGAGCAUCAUUUGGAUUCUAGCUACUCUCAGAUAAAUGGAAAGGAGGAGAUGAGGAGCUCUUCCAGUGUGAAAGAACUCUGCAGGUUGCUGGAUGGCCUGCACUUGUCCAGAUAGCCACAGGUCACACCCAACACCAGCUCCUGUACCUGCCUUAAGAGCAGGGACCCACCAGAAAGGCAGCCAAGAGAUCAAAUGGCUGAAAUUAAAAGCAGCAUCUAAAACCUGAACCUGCUUCUGAAAUUUGUCAUGAUACACCAACGAAGUAGACUCAAUUGCAGGUAGAAUGAUCCAAAUCUUUAUUUAGCACACACAACAGGUCACAAAGAUCCCUAUGGCACGAACACAGGUACACUCAGUAGUAAGACCAAUAGAUUUCAACGCCUUCCGUGAAUGAAAGUCCCAGCGAUUCCAGAGGGCGGUAGUAGACUGCAAGGGCAACUGGGAAAACCCCAGUGUACGGCAGCGUCAGCUAGAGUCGGGUAGCGCCACCGAGAGGCGAAGGACCAGAGUAAUAGUCGGGAGAUCAGAUGUCGGAUCAUAAUGAUGAUGGUUGGGAAUGACUACAGGUGAACAAGGUGAAUAGAUGAGAUACUGGUGAGGGAAAAGCCUAGCAGGGAAACACAAAGUUUCUUUACUUUUUCUUUAUUAAAGCCCAAUACUAAAUAUACAAGAGAAAGUAAGCAGGUCUCUUAAAAUGAACAACUAAUUUGUUUACUUGUUAGAAACAUUAAAAUUUUUAUUGCUGAAAUUGCAUACAUUAAUAUCGGUGAAAACUAACCCAUUUAGUACAUUCCAUUGUCAUAUUACUUUCAAAAUGCAAUAUAAUACAAAUAUUUAAAUAAGAAGCAUAAAUAAAAAUAGAAAGAAUAAUUUCAAAGGUAAACAACUAACUUCAGCAUGUGUAUGGUGCAUUAAGUUUCCCUAAAUUUUAUUUUUAUUUUUUAAAGUUCUCUUUUUUAUUUUUUUACUAUUUAAUAGUAAAAUAUUUGUCCAUAUAAAAUAUAGUAGUUAACCAGACUUUUAUUUUGACAGGUCGUCGGAAGGCGCUUAUUUUUUAGUGUGUUUGACGCAGUGUUGUCAACUUGCCGACUUUGUACUGGAUUUGGCAACUUUUCAGACUCCUUUAGUGAUUUUAGUUUUUUCAAAAGUGACUAGCGACAAAUCUAGCUACUUUCUAAAAAAGGCUUGGCGACUUAACAAAACAUUCUGCUUUACUAACAUUCAGCGAGUUUUUCCCUUCCCAGCGCAGCACCGCCUCUCUCUGUCUACUCUGUUCAGUGAGCGGCCGGGAGAUGCAGCAUAUUCAGUUCAGACCGCACUGACGUGUGAAUGAGAUAUGGAUGUAUCCAAGAAUAAUCAUUUACUGACUUUGUUUAAGCAUUUAUGAUUUAAAAACGCGAUUACUGUAGGGACGUACACAUGAACACAGACGGAUUUUAUCUGUUCAACGAGGUGACUGCUGGUGUGUAGUUUUAAGUGGUCGAACUUGACAUGCGUUCUUGUUGUCUGCCAAAAGAAAGUGAAAAAUAUGCCAUUAAGAACCUAUUUAUUGUGCAUUUGGGUGUAUUGUUUUAAUAUAAUACUGUAAACAACAUCUCAGAGAGAGGAGAUAUGAAGUAGACCUGAAGUUUUUAGCUUGUCCAGUGUUUCCCCUACCUUAGGGGUGCGCUGCGCCCCUCCAACGGCACCACCCGCCCCCCCUUAAAGGUCAAUUUAAUCUUAUUUUAUAUAUAGCGCCAGAUAACAGGAUUAGAGAAGAGCGUUUAAGGUAACCUUUCCUACAGAACAUGUCUAUACCUUUUUAUUUUACUGAACAAACUAAAUAGCAUUAUGGUCUUUAUCUUAUUUAUACGGCGGCAUGUCAUUUCAGUCUCUAUGUUUACAAUUCUCAUUUGCCCUCUGUAUCGAGUUCCGCUCCGAUGCGUGCACACACAGACAUGUGCGCUCCGCUCACGCACAGGUUUCUUGCACAGUUCGAUCGAUUCGCUUAAAUAAGACGUCAUUAAUACAUCAGAAGAAGUCGCAGGGAUUACUUUUAUGUUGCCUCUGUAUGUGUUUCAAACUUUUAAAGACGGGGUAACGCCCUUUAGAACCUAUCAACUCUUGACAACUUUUGAGAGGCCAAUGAAAUUUGGCUAAUGAAAUUUGCAUGCUGGUCUCCGCCCCCGGAUAGCCGGUAUAAAAGGAAGACGGCGUGAAGCAUUUAUUUACCUUUUGUUCUUCAGAGCCAUCGAUCAUGAUUACAAAGCUUAAACUUAAACCUUCAAGACAAUUGCUGGAUCUAUGAUGUGGAGCUGCGGAUCGUCCCUAUCCUGCAGCGACCUGCCCCAGGGCGUCUAGGCGGUUCCAGAGGUGUUCAGAGUAUUUCCAAAAAGUCCUUUCAAGGGCUUAGCAUUUCUCAAGCGCGGCAUGUUCCGCUGUUCUCUUGGGUGCGGCACCCUCAUCGAGGAGGGGGAUGGACACGAUAGCUACAUCAAGUGUCUGGGCGUCCAGCACGCUGAGGCAGCUUUCAUAGACACAUCUUGUCCGAUGUCCGCUAGUGCUAGCAGCGUUGGUGAUAUGGGGACAUCUGCGAGCGUAAACCCGCCAGCCAAGCUCUCACAGCCACUCACACCCCGCCUCAUCAUCUGACCCAUCCCCAACCGGCGGUGGCAAACCGUCCGGAUUCUCAGCCACUUAUUCGGAAACGAUGCGUGACGAUGAUGAGAUGUCGCUCGCAGCAUCGGAGGGAGAAUUAUUGGCAUCCGACACGGAAGACUCCGAGCUCCCCAUCAAGGGGGGUCGAGCUCAGGAGGAAGCAGACGUUGAGAUGUCGACCAUGCUAACCCGGGCAGCCACGAGCAUUGGGAUGCAGUGUACCCCACUACCUCCUCCCCGGCACUCGAGACUGGAUACGUGAGACCUCCACCCCGUCAGAAACCUUCUCGGAAGAAGCAUCCCUGACGUGAAGACACCAGGGAGAACAACAUCGGGUCCGACCAUCACAGCCACGCCUCUGAUCAGUCGGUACGGGACGGUUCCUGCCUCGUCCCAAAAGCCGGGCCCUUCUCAGGGCCUGGCACCCACAUGCUCACAAAGAGAGUGUCCGUUCUCCCUGGGUGUCCAUCGCAGAAGCUCUCGCACUCCACUGUCUGUGUUCAGCAACCUGACCUCACGUCUUUGCAAGGUCGAACACACAUUACAGCCACCACCACUGUCAACCCGACCUUGUGUGCAGCUGUUCCGCGGUUUGCGCCCCGUUCUAGAUCUGCGUACCCUGAACAAGCACCUUCACAAGCUGCUGUUCAGGAUGCUCACGCAGAGGCGCAUCCUGACAUCCAACAGGUGUUAGGAUUGGUUCGUGGCAAUCGACCUGAAGGACGAUUACUUUCAUGUCUCGAUUCACCCUCAUCACCGACCGUUCCUACGGUUCGCUUUCGAGGGGCGGGCAUAUCCGUACAGAGUCCUCCCUUUCGGUCUGUCCCUGUCUCCACGGGUCUUCACGAAGAUCGAAAGGGAGAAAUGUGUGUGGGUACUGCACUAUCUCGACUGGCCCUGGUGCAGAGCAUUCUCUUUCUCUGUAUGGAACUCAACUCUGUCACCAUGAUAGCGCGACUGUCCGCAAUACGGAACACUUCAGGCAGCCAGCGGUCCCCACAGUGGCUUCUGGGUUCCAUGGCGUCCUCGGUGGGGGGUAAUACCCAUCGGAUUGAUGCACAUGAGAGCGCUCCAACAGUGCGAGACUAACAUCUCCCCCUCCACACUGAAAGUGUAUGUAGCCACUAUUGCCACUUGUCACGACACAGUUGUUGGAUAGUCUCUAGGGCAGCACGAACUGAUCAUCAGGCUCCUAAGGGUCGAGAGAAGGCGGAAUCCGCCUCGUCUCCACUCCAUACCCUCUUGUGACCUUAAUGUGGUCAUGGCGGGCCUCUCUGGCGAUCUUCCUCACCUCUCUAGUAAGAUGGUGCUCGCUUCUUUCAAGAGGUUAGGGGACCUACAAACAUUCGCCAUGUCCCCGGAUUACCUUGAAUUCGGGCCCGGCAACUCUCAUGUUAUCCUGAGACCCAGACCCGGAUACGUGCCCAAAGUUCCCACGAUUCCCUUUCGGGACCAAGUGGUGAGCUUGCAGGCCCUCCCCCUUGCGGAGGAAGACCCAACCCGGUCCUUGUUGUGUCCAGUACAUGCACUACGCAUCUACUUGGACCGCACGCAGAGCUUCAGGAGCUCUUACCAGCUCUUUGUCUGUUUCGGAGGACAGCAGAAGGGGAGGGCUGUCUCCAAACAGAGACUGUCGCAGUGGAUCGUGGAUGCCGUCACGACGGCACACCGAUCACAAGAUCUCCCGUGCCCAUUGUCCGUCCGGGCUCACUCCACACAGGGUAUAGCCACCUCCUGGGCACUGGCCAGAGGCGCCUCUCUGGCAGACAUUUGUAGAGCCGCCGGUUGGGCUACGCCCAACGCCUUCGCAAGGUUUUUAACCUUCGCGUAAACCCGUUAUCAGCCCACGUCCUGCGUGGCAACAUGUAGGACUGGCAACAGGCUGGGUGUACGCCUGCGAAAGCACCUCCCCACCCUCCAGCAGGUUGGAUCAGUGUGCUAUCUUUCUCCCUUCUUACCCACCACGUGGUUAAGAACAGGCAUCCCGUCCAUCACUAAGCAAGCACCCCCUGGGGUCGGCUGGUCAGAGCAGCCUUCCCCCUUAGGCCGGGAGAAUAUAUGAACUAUCACAGAUAGCUCUAACCGGACCUAGUGCUAUUGGACGUCUGUAACACCCCCUCCGUGGGCUGUUCCGUCUGAUGUAUCCUCAUGAAAUGGUUCUCACUCCUGGUAACCCGUGACCUCCCCCAGGUGGACCUCCACCUCGCAGUUAACUACUCAGUCCAAAUGUCCCACGCAGUCUCCCCCAACGGCGAGACCAUCUCUAUAUCCCUAUAGUAGUAUUAUAAUACUACCCUCCCCCUGGGUAGGAAGUGGCCUCUGCAGCGCAUCCCUAAUUAAGGAAGUUGCGCUGAACCGGUGAAACCAGAUCCGGAUGGCCUCUCGCCAGUAGAGAGUUAAGGCCUCUGUCCGUGAAAGGUUACCGGUCGGGCAUACCCAUCUUUCUCUAAGAAAGCGAUGGGAUCCCCGACCAUCACCACAUCAUAUACCGGAUAUCCGGGGGUGGAGACCGGGAUGCAAAUUUCAUCAGCCAAAUUUCAUUGGCCUCUUCUAAAGUAGUCAGAGUUGAUAGGUUCUCAAGGACGAACCCCAUCUGUCUGUUCGACACAACAGACAUAACCGAGACGUUGUUGCACUUGUCAUUACAUCACAUGGCUAAUCUCUGGCCCAACUAGACACUGACACGUGUACGCUAAUGUGUUUGUCUUGUUCUCUUGUCUCAUCCUCGGGACAUCUGAGUCUGACAGAACCAGCUCAAGUUUGACUGAAUGCUCAUUCUCUUGAUGGUCACAGCUGAUGUCUGCAGCAAGCAGAAGGUAAUGAGAGUCUGCAAUGAGUCGAGUGAUGAAGUGAUGCCAGAAGAAAGAGGACAUCUGCAAUUCGACUGGGCAUACUCUCAAUCAACUUCUGGGCCAAAUCCUGACUGAUAGCAACCCAUUCUUUCAUAAUAACUUCUUGUAGUUUGUCAGAAUUAGUGGAUUUUUGUUUGUCCACCCGCCUCUUGAGGAUUGACCACAAGUUCUCAAUGGGAUUAAGAUCUGGGGAGUUUCCAGGCCAUGGACCCAAAAUUUCAACAUUCUGGUCCCCGAGCCACUUAGUUAUCACGUUUGCCUUAUGGCACGGUGCUCCAUCGUGCUGGAAAAUGCAUUGUUCUUCACCAAACUGUUGUUGGAUUAUUGGAAGAAGUUGCUGUUGGAGGGUGUUUUGGUACCAUUCUUUAUUCAUGGCUGUGUUUUUGGGCAGAAUUGUGAGUGAGCCCACUCCCUUGGAUGAGAAGCAACCCCACACAUGAAUGGUGUUAGGAUGCUUUACUGUUGGCAUGACACAGGACUGAUGGUAGCGCUCACCUUUUCUUAUCCGGACAAGCCUUUUUCCAGAUGCCCCAAACAAUCGGAAAGGGGCUUCAUCGGAGAAUAUGACUAUUGAUGAACCUAUAAAUUGUUGAUUUAGGUGCAAUCUUAGUAGCCACAAUAUCCUUGCCUGUGAAGCCAUUUUUAUGCAACGCAAUGAUGGCUGCACACGUUUCUUUGCAGGUCACCAUGGUUAACAAUGGAAGAACUAUGAUUUCAAGCAUCACCCUCCUUUUAACAUGUCAAGUCUGCCAUUCUAACCCAAUCAGCCUGACAUAAUGAUCUCUCCAGCCUUGUGCUUGUCAACAUUCUCACCUGAGUUAUCAAGAUGAUUACUGAAAUGAUGUCAGCAGGUCCUUUAAUGACAGCAAUGAAAUGCAGAGGAAAGGUUUUUUGGGGAUUAAGUUAAUUUUCAUGGUAAAGAAGGACUAUGCAAUUCAUCUGAUCACUCUUCGUAACAUUCUGGAGUAUAUGCAAAUUGCUAUUAUGAAAACUUAAGCAGCAACUUUUCCAAUUUCCAAUAUUUAUGUAAUUCUCAAA